CUUUGAAACGUAUGCUGAAUUUCAAUGUUCCUCCUGUUAAAAACAGCACAGGAGAGCCAGUAUGGAAGGUUCUCAUUUAUGACAGAUACGGCCAAGAUAUAAUCUCACCUUUGCUGUCAGUGAAAGAGCUGAGAGAUAUGGGGAUCACUUUGCACCUGCUUUUGCAUUCAGAUCGGGAUGCUAUUCCAGAUGUUCCAGCUGUUUACUUUGUAAUGCCAACAGAAGAAAAUAUUGACAGAAUGUGCCAGGAUCUUCGAAACCAGCUUUAUGAAUCUUAUUAUUUAAACUUUAUUUCUGCCAUUUCAAGAAGUAAACUGGAAGAUAUUGCAAAUGCUGCCAUAGGCGCUAAUGCAGUAACCCAAGUGGCUAAGGUGUUUGAUCAAUAUCUUAAUUUUAUUACUUUAGAAGAUGACAUGUUCGUAUUGUGUAACCAAAACAAAGAACUUGUUUCAUAUCGUGCCAUUAACCGACCAGAUAUAACGGACACAGAAAUGGAAACUAUAAUGGACACUAUUGUUGAUAGUCUCUUCUGUUUUUUUGUUACACUUGGAGCUAUUCCUAUAAUCAGAUGCUCAAGAGGAACUGCAGCUGAAAUGGUGGCAGUGAAGUUAGAUAAGAAGCUGAGAGAGAAUCUGAGAGAUGCCAGAAACAGUCUUUUUACAGGUGACACACUUGGAGCUGGCCAGUUCAGCUUCCAAAGGCCCCUAUUAGUCCUUGUUGACAGAAACAUAGAUUUAGCAACUCCUCUACAUCAUACUUGGACAUACCAAGCUUUAGUGCAUGAUGUUCUGGAUUUCCAUCUGAAUAGAGUUAACCUGGAAGAAUCAACGGGAAUGGAAAGUUCUCCAGCAGGUGCUAGACCUAAGAAAAAAAAUAAGAAGUCCUAUGAUUUAACUGCAUCUGAUAAAUUCUGGCAGAAGCAUAAGGGCAGUCCUUUUCCAGAGGUAGCUGAGUCUGUUCAGCAAGAACUGGAAUCCUACAGAGCCCAAGAAGAUGAAGUCAAAAGACUUAAAAGUAUCAUG